UGUAGGCAAACGACAAUACACAUCGUUUUUGUUUUUGUUUGUGCACUUAACCUUCAAGUGUUAAACCUAGUUUUAAGUAUAAAUCACCGUCGAAAUACUCCAAAUUAUAAAAAAAUGUCUGACUCAAGACCCCCCAGAGCUUAUCAAACCCGCAAAAUCACAUUUUCAGCUAGCCACCGUUUGCACAGCCCCUAUUUGAACAACGCCGAAAACGCUCAAGUUUACGGAAAAUGCAACCACAUUAAUGGCCACGGACACAAUUACAUUGUAAAAGUGACUCUUUUUGGCGAGAUUGACCCCAAAACCGGAAUGAUUAUGAAUAUGACCGAGCUGAAACAGUUUAUGGAGGAGGCUGUAAUGAAACAACUCGAUCAUAAAAAUUUGGACAAGGAUGUUGAAUUUUUCCAAACUAGGGCUAGCACCACUGAAAAUGUGACCCUUUUCAUAUGGGAGAGGAUGAAAGCGGUGAUGUCAAGGCCGGAAUUGUUGCACGAAGUUGUGGUUUAUGAAACCGAAAAUAAUAUUGUUAAAUACAAAGGCGAAUAGGCUUUAUUUUUGUAAAAAGUGAUUAUUAUAUAUAAUAUAUAGCGACAUUAUUAUAACAUUCCUAUUUUCAUGCAAAUAAACAGUUUUUUGAUUGAA